UUUUAGCAACUUCUCGAAGAAUUCUCAAGAAAAUGUCAAGUGAGGAGGAAGGGGAGGAAGUUAGAACUAAUAAUUCUGCAAAUGAUGAUUCGGAAGUAGAAUCUGCUGUUCAAUUAGAGGAUGUAUCUAGCUCAACUGGUACUGCCAUUAAGCGAAAAAGAAGCAGUCUUAACAUCCCCACUGCCAGCACUGCUGAUUUACCUACAUGGUUGGCUGGUGCUUCACCAGCGAAAUUUGUGAGUAUGGAUGAAUUAAUGAAGAUGUCAGAAGCAUUGGAGAAUAUGGCACUGGUACAUGAAAUUGCAGUUAAUCCCGAGUUUGUUAUCGAGAGAAAUUCAGCGAAUCUAGUAGAGCAAGUGGUGGAAGACUGCAUGAAAAAAGCUUACUGGGAUAAACUGCGUGAAGACCUUACUCGGGUACCGCCAGAUUACUCUUACGCCCUGGUUUUGCUUGAUGAUAUCAAAAAGAUGAUAUUGGGUCUUCUGACGCGACAGCAUGUUCGUUUACGUUCUGAAAUAGAAUGUAUGCUAGAUAUUGAUUUAUUAAGGCAACAAGCUGAAAAUAAGUGCUUAGACGUACGUCAAUUAUUUGAAAGUAUUAUUGAGCUGUUGAGCAGACUCUGUGCGCCAGCAAGAGACAAAAUGGUGAAUGAUUUGCGUAAGAAGACAGAUAAUGUAGAUAUGUUGAGAGGUUUAUGUGAGCUUCUGGAUUUAAUGAAAUUGGAUAUGGCUAAUUUUUUUGUGCAAGUUAAUCGCUCUGUUGUUGAAAAGCAUUCAGCUGAAUAUGAAAGGACUCAAUUUACGAAGCUUCUCGACAGAAAUCCAGAGCUGGAAUUGUCAACGAUGGAAUGGUUGUGUAGACAUAUAAGUAUGACCAGUACAGAUGGACCAUCAGCUAAGAAAAGUUUCGAAGACUUGAAUAACAGCGAAGUAAGUGAUAUAAUAAGUAAUGCAUAUAUGGAAUUGCUAGAAUGGGAUUUUCAAUAUACUUAUCCCGAAACCCUCAAGAUUGAUCGCUCAAGAUUGGAAGCCAUGGCUGCGAAAUAUUUACAGUUAAUCAUAUGUGCCAGUUGUGUACUAGUUUCUUGUAAUCUUGCUGGAAAGGAUGUAGCUCAAAUUAAGGACUUCAAAACAACUUUGAAAAACGACGUAAUCAUUAUUACUAAUAAUAUCAAUAAAAGUAACGUAACAGAUCGUCUUGAAGCAGUGUCUGUUCUUUGUAAUGACAGGAUAUCGAAAUGUUGCAAAACACUAAACAUCAAUUGGAGUAAGGAAAGGGCUACUGAACUGAAGGAACAAAUUUUGCAAAUUAGGGAUCACGCAAAUCAUGUUCGGAAGCUUAUUCGCGAUAGAAUGCACAGCUUCAUUUUUUCGAUAACCUCAAAUCGAGUAUCGUCCUAUCAGCAGCGAUUUCCAUCCGGUUUAUCGAUAGUAUAUGCAGAGCUUUCAGCCCUCACUGCACGUUUUGCGCGUAUUGUAAAUCAUAAUAGAGAAACAUUCGGUCCAUAUUAUGGGCAGUUAAUUAAAAAACUGAUGAAUAACUAAAUGCUUUCACUGGUAAUAAAAUAACAUUAUUACCUCAUCUUUAAAUUCCGGUGUUCAUGUGUUUUUUCAGUUCUUGAUAAAUGGUCGUGAAAGUGUAGUACAUUGAUUCAUUGUAUGAUUAUUAAGAAAUAGGUCAAGUAUGUAUGAAUAAAGCA